UCACAGACCGGAGUUAAAAGUUCAUCCCUUUCUAGUUGCUCUCUUUUGUGAUAACAAUUGUGGUGCAAAAUGGCUGCAGCGGCAACCGAGGCUGCGUUUUCCAUCUUCUGCUCUUGUUCUUCUCCAAAAUCUCAAUCUUGUUACAAAUACGUACCCUCUUUGAGAUCUUACAUUUCUGCUUCUAGUCCUACAUUUUUCCUUAAAUCCCCGCUUUUUUCACUCCCUCUUCUCUCAACCUCUCAUCCCCUCGAAACCACAAGAUUUAAGUUACGCUCAACUUUAGGAAAUGCGAUUGCAGAAGAAGAUGCAGAGCAAGCCCAGAAAGUUAAUCAAAAAAGGAAACUUUUCGUGCUGAAUUUGCCUUGGUCUUUCUCGGUUGUGGAUAUAAAGAACUUCUUUGGUGAGUGUGGAACUGUGGCAGACGUUGAGAUUAUCAAACAGAAAGAUGGGAGAAGUAGAGGAUUUGCAUUUGUGACUAUGGCUUCUGGAGAAGAGGCUCAGGCUGUAAUUGAUAAAUUUGACUCUUCCGAAUUGUCCGGUAGGAUUAUCAGGGUAGAGUUUGCCAAGAAAUUCAAGAAACCAUCACGUAGUCCUCCUGCAGGUCCUCCACCUGGAGAGACACGCCAUAAGCUGUACGUGUCCAAUCUUGCUUGGAAAGUGAGAUCUAAUAAUCUCAGAGAAUUCUUUUCGGCCAACUUCAAUCCUGUUUCAGCUAGAGUUGUCUUUGAUGGUCCUUCGGGAAGAUCGGCUGGGUAUGGUUUUGUCUCUUUUGCCACUAAGGAGGAAGCAGAAUCUGCAAUUUCUUCAUUAGAUGGGAAGGAAUUGAUGGGUAGGCCAAUAAGUUUGAAACUCAGUGAAAAGAAUGCUGAUGCAUUUGAAAAUGAGAUGGAGGAAACAAACGAGGAAUCUAAAGAGGCGUAAAUUGGUACAAGGUUUUAGCUUUUUCGAUGUUGCAUUCAUGUGUAGAUAAAGAGAAAGUAUAAAGUAAACCAAGAAUGUAUUUCCCAUCUUGCACAUAAUCGUUUUGCACAUUUCACAGAAUAUGUUGGCCAUUACUUAUGUGUUUUGCAUACCUUCAUGUCUUCUGAUCGUUUAGUGUAUCUAUAUUGAGUUUCCAUAAACUACUAUUGGUUUAA